GCAAGAAUUGCACAAACUCUCAAAUUCGAUUGUUGACAGUAUCAACAAUUGGAUUUAUGUCUCGUACAAUUUAAACAGAAGAAAGGAAUACCGUUUUCGAUAUACCGCUUAAGUAUAACGUGAAAUAUAAAAGAUGAAGAUGCUGCAGAUAUUAUUCUGCAGCAUUUGGUCGCAAGAAUCGCGAGGUCAUCUCGAGAAGCACCGGGGCCCAGGAAGGUUUCUCCCAUAAAAAAAGGACUUAUGACCGGCGCCACAACCCUUCACACGUCCGCCUCGUUGGCGACCGGUCGUAUCGGUGAGAUCGGGACUGGAGGGAGAGAAGGGGAUGACAUAAAAGUGGAGCGGCGUCGAGACACAGCGCACUCUACGGCGAUAAUCAGCCAGGAGAGCGAGUGUAGAAAUUCUUUCCUUCUCACUCUCCUCCUCCUCCCACGACGAGCGUGAUCGGACAUCGGACGAGAUCGGCCACCCUCGCGAGGACAGCCGGUUAUCGCGUGCUCACUAUCGGCGAGCGGGGCGAGUUCAUCAAACUCAUCUGCGGCUCCACGAAGCGAAUAUCUUGUCGGCGAACAACCGAGAUCCGGAACGAUACCAGACGAGUAAAGAUUGAUAAUACAACGCCGGGAUCGCGUCCGAAUAAGGAGAUCCGAUCGAUUUGAAAGUAGACCGUUCAAACGCUGAGUUUGAUCGCCGUAGAAACUAUGUGUGUACGCACGCUGGUGGGCAACGAAACGAGCGAGCAAAUCGCGCCAGCCGAUUCGAAACAGAGAUCGCACGAAGAAAUGUCGGAGAAAGAGGACCACCUGCGUCAGCGGGCGCAGAAUCUGCCCGAUCUGGCCGAUUAUAUCCUGGCUAUCAGCACCGUCUACUACAGUCUGCUGUUGAAGAAACUGGCCAAGUACCACGAAGUCAUAUGUCGCUCCAAAAUGUUCAAGAUACUUUUUUACACAACUCAACCCGCUCACAUAAUCAUGAUAGUAGCGGUCUUGUUCGUUGUGUCAACCCUUGUUCCAACAAAGGGAAGAGGGCAGGUUCCUGAUCAUCCUUACUCAAGAAUGACAUCCUUCAUUUAUCUCGCAUCCUUCGUCAUACACUUUGGUGCCCAAAUUUGGAUGACUUUCGUAUCAGGUUUAUCCUUAUACUUUGCACUGCCGCGGCACGCGUUUAGCGAGGUACAGCGUGUCCUAUUCCCGCGAUAUUUCACGAUCAACGCCUGUCUGAGUCUCAUUACGCUCUUCAUAUUCGUUAAGCAUCAUCCUGUACACACAUGGGACAGUGAAAUCGCCAUUCAGGUCGGUGCAAUGUCCGGAGCCUUCUUCCUGGAGCUGCUGAUACGUCUUUAUCUGACACCUCCGCUUCUGCGAUUGAUCGUGCAGAAAAUCAAGUUGGAACGCAAGGCGGGCGUCGGCAAUGAGGUCGGCCGCCACAAUCCUGGACGGCUGAAAAACUGUCCGCACUACCUAAAGAUCCAUCAGGAGUUUCGUCGAAAGCACGUAUGCAUCGCUAUGGGGAACAUGCUCACCAUGGCGUGCACAGUGCUUCAUCUUUAUUACAUAGCGAGUAAAUUAUGUGCUCUGUAAGAUUGAUCAAUUUUAUAAAAUCUUGUUCGUUUGGGAGCUCACGGAGAUCCAUAUAGAAUUUAGAAAAUAUUUUUUGAAAAAAAACGCGUGUUUUCUAACAAAAAUAUAAAACGCAUCGGGGAAUUCAGGCUUGAUAACAAUCAAGCAAGAUGUGAUCUUUCCUGCCAUUAAAGUCGCUUGAAAUAAGACUAUAUAAUGAGUCUUUCAGCAUAGCUGCCUUGUAUUUUAAACCUCGAAGAAAUGAGGUUGAAUUUUAGUAUCUUAGUAAUCUGAGCUUAUUCUAUGUUAAAAUAGAGUGAGUAUUCAGUAAAAGACACACACGCUAGACAGCGCAGAUCAUUAGCAUGACAUCGUGUGACUCAUUCUAGAGCAUUGUUCGAUUUGAAAGAGAAACAAGCUGAGAUAAUGAUAGGUAAAAAAAAAAAAAAAAA